UAUCCUGGUGGCGAAUAGCUCAGUCCUGUUUUAGACAUCGCUCUGUUUGGUGGCUGUAUUGUAAUACGACCGUGUGUAGUAAACUGCGUGGCGUUUUCCGUAAAGUGGGGGGUGUGUAGUAGCGAAUAAGUCUAUCGAGUAUCGGCGGCUUGUCAUCGUCAAAGCAAAAGCUCUGCUACUAUUGAUCAGUGUGAUUUAUAACAGUGGGUAAUAUCAUAUCCAACAGUUCAUAAAAAAAACUACAGGUGGCAAACUUGAAGUGUCAAUCGUCCCUAGGAUCCAGUGUGUACGUGCAUUAUUUGGUGAUAAAUUUUCUCUCGAUUGUUGUAAGACACAUUUUUGCUCGACAAAAUGUUGAUUGGAUUAGUACGAGACUCCGUGAUGCAGUGCUUCUGCCACACGUGUCGAGCCCCUGUGCUGCCGGCAGUCAAUCGACGAUCUGCUCCAACAAAAAAGCCGACCAAAACUCGCACCAAACAGCCAAAAGCGUCCAAAAAAGUAAAGUUCAUAACUACUGAAAUCCGUUGCCAGGAAAAAUCGAAAGGUGGCCUGUGCUACGAGGUCAUUCUUGCGGAACCGGCCGUAAACGUGGCACUUCCAAAACUGCCGCCAACGCAGGGAAAAAAUGUUUCCGCUGAGGAAAUUGAGGAGAAGCUAAAGGCUGCAGAGGAGCGCAGACUGUCGCUGGAGGCAAAAAAGAUGGCUGACUGGUCGGCAAAGAUGGCCAAAAUCGAGGAGGCAUCUCGCAAAAAGGAUGAGAUGGACAAGGAAUUCAAAACACACGCCAAGGAGGUGCUGCAUACCAAAAUGGAACAGUACGAGGAAAAGCGGGUACAGCAACUAUCAGAAAUUAAGGAAAAACUAAAGACUCACGCAGCCGAUAUCGAGAAAACGCGACAGAGCUUGGAGCAACAGAAGGUUGAGGAGUUGCAGAAGCAUCUCGAGGAUAAGCUACGAAAUGCUGCCACACUGCGUGACGAUAACAUCAAGAAAAUUUUGGAUCGACUAAAGGAACACAACACUGAUAAGUUGAACGAAGUCCGCGCAACCAUCGACCAGAUCGAAGCACUAAAAACCACCGAAAAGACGCGUAUCAUCGAAAACAAGCUGUCCACUGCCGAGCAAAACCGCGAAAAGGAGCUCCAGAAGAAAUUGGAAAACAUUCGCAAGCACGAAAGACGUGCGGAAUUGGUCCGUCAAAAUAAGGCGGCUCUCGCUCAAAAGACCGAUGUCACGGCUUCGUCCGGUUAAAUAAUGGAGUGAACUAAAAGGCGAAAAAAACUCCAAGAGCUAAACGGACAAGGAUAAGAAGUUUUGCAUGAAUUGUGUGUGUGUGUAAAGGAGGAGUGCAAGAAGAAAUAGCAUGUCAUAAAAUGUCUUACCCUAUAUUCCAGUUUUGUUUUCCAUUCUAAAGCGAUUCGUGAUUGAUUUUGGAUUUAUGCUGAUAGAAGACCAAAUUAAAUUUAAAAAGCAAAUGCAAAAUGAAAUAAAGAUGCUAUCCCCCGAGUGUGUGAUGAUGAUAAAAUAGUGGCAACCAAUUACGAAAUGCCAAUGAUGGGUGGAAACAAGAACCAACUGAACAAGAUUAUCAGAUAGCCGUGUCUAACACUUAGCAUAUAAAACAAGUGUAACGCAAAUCUGCUAUUGUACUAACCGUUGCGCAUUGACCCAGGUAGAUAGUUAGAUAACGAACAUCAUCAUCUUUAUGAUAUGUAUGCAGGAGGAAUGAUAAAACCCACAGCCACAAUGCUGCAUUUUUUUUAAUUUUUCUUAAAUGUAUUAUACUUUUUACAAAAGUGAGCCCAUUUAUAAGAUGUGUGUGAAAGAUAAGCGCUAGCGCAACCGGAAGUGAAUAGGUACUCUAAAAGGUACUAAAAAAUGAGCACAAAACAGUGAAAACAGACUAUCUAAAGAUGGAUUUACAAUUGCUCUUGCAUGUGUGCGCGGGAUUAUUUUUUAAAAAGAUCGACGUAUAAAGAAGAUUGUUUCAGAAAGGAAAAGAAAUCAUGAUCUGGAAUCAGAAUUUCUAAGAAUUGCAUGCAUUUGAGUGAACAAUAUUUUCCAUCUUAAGCUUUUUAUGAUACAAAGAAUAAAAUCAAUCGUGUUUGAAUAUGUUGAAUUUCAUUUGUUUAAACCUUCUAAAUUCGCGGAGGAACUGGAGCGCAACUAACACCUAUAAGCACUUACAUAAGCAGUUAAAAACGAUACUAACCGGAAGCGUAGUAAUAAUAGAGCAAAAGCAAAAAGGAAGCUAAAUAAACACAACAUUUAAAUGAAACAAAUAUUUACCCAAUCCAAUCCUUUCUUUUUUCACUACAUAAAGAAGUCGCUAUAGAAGAAAAAACACACACACAUAUGUAUGCUGAUAUAUUAGACAUGUAAAAGGGCCAAGGAUAUGGAUGUGCUCGGAUGCAGCUUCAACGAGAGAAAAUAACGUGCAAAACAUCGAUCUGGGUUGAUUGAUGAACUUACAUGUGAAUGCAUUUGCUUUUGGCACCUGUUGAUGCUGCAUAUGAUGGUUGUCCAAUGUGAUGUGUUGUGUUGCUCUAGAAGGAAGUUUGAAAGAAUUCAAGAAUUCACCCUUGUUUUGCACACCAACAACAACAAAAUGGGUGCAAUAGUGUGAUUUUCGAUUACACUGGCAAAAUGAGUUGGAAAGAACGAAAACAUUCGUCACAGCAAACAAUGGCAAUAGAAAGCGAUUGGAAUGGGAAUGACCGAUGGCAACAAUGUUGUUGGAGUGGGAGAAUAAAAGAAAUGACAAAUGAAGACGAGCCUAUCUAAACAGGUUCAGGAUCAUGCAGAGCAGUGCAAAGGAUAGAGAAGCAAACAAGACGUAAUGAUAGUUAAAAAGCGCAACAAAACACAGGUGCGUACUUACGCAGCGUAAUCUAUGCUACGCAAAAGAGAGAGAAAAUGAAACAAAUCGAAUGGAAGAAGAAAGCGCAAAAAACAGCAAGCAAAACGCAUUAUACAUAUAUCGCCUCUGUGCCGCUAUUUAUACAUUUAUUCUAACAAAACUAAAAACACACAAGGGAAACACGAGAGCAGUGCAAGUGGACUCAAACCAGGGGGAGGAAACAUACGCGCCCUAUCAUCAAGCAGGCUAGCUAACCAGGGCGCUACAUCCUAACGACUUGAGCGUGUUUUGAUUCUCCUUUUCGAGCCGCUUUCGACAAUGCAAGUGAACAAGAGUUCAAAAGAACGUUAAGAGAAGAACGCAAAACAUUGCUCUAGUUUAUUAUACACACACACACACACACAUACUGACACAUAUAUAAGUACACCCACAUAUAUAAAAAUACAUAUAUUUACAAGUUUCUUUACGCUUUUGUGAGGAAGAGGAGAGAGAGUGCCCGGUUAUGAUAAGUAGUAAAGAAGGACAGGAAUUAAGGACCGUAUUAAACGAGCAAGCGGGGAGGUGGGGAAGUAGGAAGUAAUGAGAUAGGAAACAGCGAGUGUGUGGGAUGCUAAGAGUGUACCGUAUUUGCUGAUGCUAAGUGCUUUGCCAUAAACGAAAUGAUGCCACAACCAAAUGCUACAGGAAAAGGAUCUCUCUUGUGUUAGCUGUUGUCGUGAGUGUUAAAUGCACACAACAGUGAGAAGAUCGCUUUUGCCCCAGUUUGCAAGAGAAAAGGCUGCUGCUGCUGUUGCUGCUUUUUUUUGUUGUAAAUUUUCCUUGCGUUCUACGUUUUAUUUUAGUAACAGUUUCGCCCUUAUUGUUCGUUGCUGCUGGAUUAGCUGAUAAUAAAACAGUGUAUGAGUGGGAGGGCAUAGAACUGUGCAUCCGAUUGAGAAUCGCCUUUUGUGUAAUAUAAAAUAAUAAUCAGCGCAUCUUGGGUAAAGGGUAAAGGAGAGAAGUAUGUGUUUCUGUGUGCGUGUCUUUGUGAUACAUAACCGUAUGAUUCCUGCGUUGAUCGACCCGAAUCUAUCCUUCACGCUUGCAUCAAACGGCUGGUUGCUGCGCUGCACUACAACAGCUACUUAUAUAGCAAAAAAGCGAGAAAGAGAGAGAGAGAGAGCGAGAGAGAGAGAGAAUAAGAAAGAGAGAGAAAGAGAGAGAGAAGAGAGAAAGAGAGAGAGACAGAGAAAGAGAGAGAGAGGAAAAGCGAAAGUGAACAAAAAUUAAACAAAAUGCCGUUGGCGGAUUUACGACCAUAUUUAAACAUUAACUCUACCUUUACAACUACUGCUGGUGUGCGCGUAGGAGCUUUUCGUGCAUGUUUUUUUUAAAUAAAAAGAAAACAAAACGUCUUUGUUCUUCGACGUGAGGAAAUAAAUGCUUUAGUGAGCUACUGCUGGUGCUAAAUAUAUUUGGGCACGAGUUAUUAAUGUAAUUUUUAUUAUUAUUUUUUGCUUUUUCUCGCCAAUCUCCUUCAAUCUUUCUCACGCAUCCGUGUACCAGUGGAAAGUGGUUGCGUUUACCGGUUGAACUUCUUUUAAAAUUGGCCACCUUCAUCGCAACGUUUCCAAUGGGCAGUGCGCUUUAUAUCGCUACUAUAUUCACUGGUGAUGUGAGGGAAAUAUCCGCAUUUGCGUCUUAUUUCCCUCCACCAAGCAAAGAAAUUAAAUAUUUCACUCAACAUGCUCACAAAUAAGUUGGAAAGAAUGAUAUGUUCGUUUCUCUUCUUUCAUUUAACAAAAAGAGUACAGAGCAGAACAAUAUAUCGUCCGAAAGGGAUUGAUUACAACAUUUGUCUAAAAAUGUUAUAUUUUUAUAAUUAAACACGCAUUAGCAAACUUAUAUCAUCUCGGUGUGGUCGUGCACACGGCCCCCUCGAGAAGCGAAACGUCCGCGAAGUGGUGUGGUGCAAUGGAAUGAUGGAGGAAUGGUAAAUGGCAAUGGAAAGAUGGAUAAACAAUAACACACAUAACACAGCUACAGCAAAAACAAAAAUACUCAACAAAAGAACAAAAAAAAA